UUUGUUUUGUUUGUCGUCGGUGGGGUUGCCAAGGAGUGAAGUCGUGUUCACGAGCUGGCGGUCUAUCGUUGUGGACGGAUUUCUGUGAAGUGGCUGUUCAGAGCGGUGUGCAUGAGAAACAGAAAUUGUCAGUGAAAUGCAGCAGAUCUGGCAACAUCUGUGAGGUGCAAGCAGAGUUAACGUUUCAAGCCCGGUGACUCUUCAUCAGAACUCAGUAUUUGAGUUCUUUCUCUCACUUCUUCAAAUCUCUCAUCAUUGGUCCACACCUCAAAAGAACAAUCUCAACCUAAAAUUACUUCAAGCAACUGCCUGAUCUCUGUGGAUUCAAAUACCUAGGAACUCAUGUAUAAUGAACUGCUGCCAUAUUUCGAACAUUUGCCGCUUUGUUAUUAAUUAUUUUAUAGAAAAGCACUUAGAAAAUAAUGGUCGAAUGAGACACAGUCAGCACAAGGGAAAUCGUGCUUGACAAAUCUCCUGGAAUUCUUCGAGACAGUAACUAGUGGAGUUGACCAGGGGAGCCUGUGGAUGUGGUUAUUUGGACUUACAGAAGGCUUUUGACGAAGUCUAACAGAAGUGAUUAAUGUUUAAAAGUUAAGAGCGUGGGAUUGCGGGAAAUGUAUUGGGAUGGACAAAAAAACUGGUUAGAAGACAAGAAACAAAAAAUAUGAAUAAAGGGAUCUAUUUCUGAAUGGCAGAUUGCUUAGCCACAACACAGUAAUACAUUCCAUGAAAGAUGGGGGACAAUUUGGCACAUGAAGCAGAACUUAACGCUUUGAUAAAAGAGUAUUUGAAGUUUGCCGCUUUUGAGGAAACUGUGAAUGUGUUUGUUAAGGAAUGCAAAAACAAGGGAAAGGCAAUCCCAAAACAACCAAUGAGUGCUGGCCAGGACAUUAAGACUUCACACAUUCAGGAAGGUUUGCUUAAAGCGUUUGAGGAUGGAAACAGAAAGGCAUUUUUAAACUUGUGGGAACAGCACAUUUUACCGCAAACUGGAGUUGAUGAGCAGCUGCCUCAGAAAUUGGAAUUUCACCUUCAAGUUCAUUUUGCCAUCUUUCCUCUGAAGAAUUCUAGAAUACCUGACAAAGAUGAUGUGGAUGAAAGAACAUCACAUUUCAAAAGCUAUCUCGAAACUAGAGGUGCUGCAUUGAGUCAGACAACGGAAUUUUUGCCCUUUUAUGCACUUCCAUUUGUCCCCAAUCCCACUGUGCAUCCCUCUUUUAAGGAGCUUUUUCAGGAUUCAUGGUCUUUGGAAUUGAAAAUGAGACUUCAAAAAUUUCUGGCUGCAACUUUGAAAGUGACCAAUGCCCCAAAGCUGCUGUCUUUAUUUAAAGAAAACGGACAGAAUUCGAAAGAAUUGUUGCAACAACUUCAGCAACAGUUAGAAGAAACAGAGAGAAAAGCAGCAACAUACAUGAAGAGGUACAGAAAGAUGCAAGAAGAUUACCACAGUUUGAUUGGAGUCACUGCAGAACUUGUAGAUUCUUUGGAAGCUACAGUAAAUGGAAAAAUGAUUACACCAGAAUAUCUUCAGAGUGUCUGUGUGCGACUGUUUAGCAACCAAAUGAAACAAAGCGUGGCCCAAAGCAUUGACUUCACAAGACCAGGAACUAGUCCUUGUAACAGUGAUGGAUCUGCAUCAUCUAUGCUGAGAGCAUCCGUUGUUCCUGCUAUGAAAUCAAAAGAUGUACCUCUAUUACCAUCUCUUGAUUAUGAAAAGUUGAAGAAUGAUUUGGUCUAUGGAAAUGAUCGGCUAAAGGCACUUCUCUUGCAAGCACUACGUUGGCGGCUGACACAGUCUCAUCCUGGAGAGCAAAGGGAUACAGUCCUUCAGGCUUACAUUAGCAAUGAUCUGCUGGAAUGUUAUAAUAAGGGCCAGAAGAGCCUAAUUAAUUUGUUAAAUUCAAAGAGUGAGAUUGUCCGACAGUAUACGGCACGACUAAUAAAUGGCUUUGCAUCGCUAUCACAUGGUCGAAGUUAUUUGGCACAAAGCACGGUGUUAUUGAAGAUUCUUGAAAAAGCACUGGAGACGGAGGAGGAAGAUUCCAUAACCAGAGAAAAUGUGUUAGGAGCCCUACAGAAACUUAGUCUCAGACGAGCACUGCAGUCAGCUAUGAUCAAAGAUAACAUUAUUUUCUGGUUGUUGAGCGUUUUGGAGGACUCUGAUUCAUUGUCGGAUUACACUUUGGAAUACUCUGUUGCACUGUUUAUGAACCUGUGCCUUCGGACCCAAGGUAAACAGAAAUGUGCAGAAGAUGCAAGACGAGUAUUGAAAGUGUUAUCUGAUCUUUUAGGUCAUGAUAAUCAUGAGAUAAGGCCAUAUGUUAAUGGAGCUUUAUACAGCAUUCUUGCUAUCCCUUCAAUACGUGAGGAGGCAAAAGCUAUGGGCAUGGAAGAAAUACUGCGGUGUUUUAUUAAAGAAGGGAACACUGAGAUGAACAGACAGCUUGAGUUUAUUAUAAAACAACUGAAUUCAGAGGAGGUGCUUGAAGAAUCAGAUUCUGAUGAUGAAGAGGAAGAAGAUGAUGAUGAUGAAGAUGACCAGCAUGCGAUGGAAGCCGACUUGGACAAGGCUGAAAUAUUAAAACCCCAACCUGGAGAGUUAUCAGGAGAAAAACUACUGACAGCUGAGUAUCUAGGGGUGGGUGUUCAUUAUCAGACAUCAGGAAGCACUAUAAUGACAAACACAAUGAAGGCCAAGAGAAAGCCAAUGGCACUUUUGAAUGCAAGUGUUGAUGAACCUCUCCGACGACCAGUUACGCCGAGCAUGCACAGAGUCGGUUACACAUUGUUGGAAACUGCACCAAAUAAACAUGAAAGUAGAAGCCCCAGCACUGUCAGCAACCUCUAUUCUUGUCAAAGCUCUCGACCACCUACUCGAAGUGGAAGUAGAGGAAGUAAUUCCGGCUUUGGCACCUCUCCUGUCAAUUUUAAUUGCACUACGUCACAGGUGGGUUCUGUAGUUGAAGAUUUUGAUCAGGAUCUUUCAGCAGCCACAAGCUCGCUUGGUAUCAGAUCUUUUGACAGAUUAAAUAGACAAUCUAUCAGGCAAAAUGAUUAUGAACUUGCAUUUGACAGUAAGCCCAAGAUUCCUAGAACUCCAGAUGUAUCUGCCAGUCCACAAAAGAUCAAGACUCCAACAAUUGCCCCUCAGUUUUCUCAGUCCAGUCCUCAACAGACAAGCCGUCCAGGUUCUGCAGGAUCCUCUAACAGAAGCAGACAGAGCAGCCAGUCAUACAGGAAAUGACAAUAGAUUUUUCCUCAGGAAUCACCUGCUGAAUUCUUCAUGAUGUGACCAACUUCCUGUAAUGAUCGUCCUCACCUCAUUAUCUAUAACAUUGGAGUUAUAAAAUCAAGUGAAAUAUACUGCACAACAGAAGGAUUGUAUUUUCCAUACUCAGCAUGAACUUUUCAUGUUAUAUAACUAACUGAAUUCUUUGCAAUGAUUUCAGAAAUGUAAUUAAGGGUAAUUUUUCUUUUAUUCUUUAUUAUGCUUUCACAACUGGUACUUCAGUUUUGGAAAAGUCUUAAAUUCAGUCUUUUAUGUAAGUUUAUUUAUUUUGUAAUUUUUUUGAGGAUAGUUUUGCUUUUCAUCAUAUUCCUGUGGUAAUGAAUGAAAGAUUAUUGCUCUGAAAGUGCAGCAACAGUAACAUGUGCAUAUGUUUGAAAUAGUCACUGUAUUUCAUUCCUAUUCAAUUAUUAAGUGUUUGCAUUAUAUUUGACAUGUGAUAUGGAAACUGUAAUUUUGACAAAAAAAAUAAAA